GUAAUAGGAGCUCCUCUCGUUCGCCAGUCGGUCUCUCACCGUCCGCCACGCCGUCGUCGUCGUCGAGUUAGCCGCGAGUGCUCGCGACGACUUUUACUUCGUUUACACACACACACACACACACACACACACACACACAAACACGCACACAGACACGCGGACACACGGGCGCGGGCACACACGUACACGUAGACACCGACGGAGCUAGAAGUGACAGAGAAAAAGAGGGAGAGAAAGACGGUGCCGUGAGCGCCGCGCGCGAAACCGCGAGCGCGCCCGCGAGUUUCGUAAAAGGGAUUACAAAAUCGUGUAGAAAGAGAAAGAGAGAGGGAGAGGGACUGCGCCGCACGGAGAUUGAGGGAGAGAGAGAGAACGAGUGAAAAAGUGAGAAAGAGCGAGAGAGAGCCAUAGAGGGCCACGGGCGAAACGAACACACGACGAUUAAAACGCGUCGCGAGUGUCAGUGUGCGGCUUUGUGUGCUCCUCUGUAAUAGUGUCAAUGCGCGUGCAUGUGUGUGUGCGCUCGGAAAACGGAGAAAGGAAGGGAUAGAUAGAGCAAGAGGGAAACAUAGAGGAACACGCGACAAGGAAAAGAAGGAGGAGGAAGGAAUAGAGAGAGAGAGAGAGAAGAGGAAAGAAGUGAAGAAAAAAAAAAGAGAAACGAGCGAGAAGGGAGAAUCGGAGAAGGCGAGCGCGAGAGCCAAUACACAACUCGGCGAAAGUGAAGUUGCGCGCUCACGCUCGAGACCCUCGUGGUCUUUUCGAACGUGCUCGUCGUCGUCAUCGCUCAUAUCUACCUCCUCGUGAAAACUCAAAUCAAACAUCAAGUUCUCCCGUAAUACGCAGUUUUUACCAUUCUUUCGGUGGAUUAUAUUAAUGGUGAAUUAUUCGAUUUUUCUUUCAUUCACAUUAACAGUGCAAUUUGCGAGUGCAACUUUAACGAGAGCGCAGGCUCGUUCCUGUAUUCGUGAACAACGAGAGUGAGGCUACUUGAACUUUUGUUGAUAAAUCAAUCAAUCGAGUGAAUCGUUCCGAUCGACGACGACUUGGAUUAAGUGCUAGCCAAAGUGGGAAUUGCAACGGGCUCGUUUUUUCAAGCUUUUCGUUGAUUUUACAACGAAACACAACAGUGUCAGAGUGGUAAGGGAAAUCGAAGGGAUCAGUUUGGAUAAUCGAGUGACCGAGUGCGAGCAGUGUUUACGUUGGAAGCAUAGCGGAAGACUUACGAUCGCGGUGCACUUGAAUCUUCCGGUUGAUAAGAGCGAACGAAACUUUUGGCCAGGUUCGAAAAUUCACGCGCGAAACUCGUCCAUUCAUUCGGCAGUGUGAUAAAACCCGGCCUGCCCCUUAAUCGCGUUCAAUAUCGCGCGGUUCAUUCAACGUCACGAAGCGAAAUUGGAGAUUUCAGCGCGAGCGAUUUCCCCGGUUGAGACAACGAACGGAAGAAGCCAAACCGACUCGCCCAUUCGGGAGCUGAAUUCAGAAGAAAAUUCAUCAGCUCGGAGCUUUGAAUACGAAGCGAAACCGAAGUGUGCGGAAACGCGUGCUAACCCGAGCGACCGUAAAUCGCCUAUGACAAGCCCGACGAUCCCGCAGAUCGUCGAGAUCGGGAGCGUCGAGUCGCGAGUAACCUCCUCAAUAUCGAUCAUUCAACAUCGCGCCGCGAUCACCGGGAAUCUUCUCCCGUCCUAUCGGACUUGUAUUUUUCUCGCUCCACAUUUCACUACUCGCGCGAUUGCGAUUGCGCUCGCUCGUACGUAAACGAACGCAUGUGUGCGCAGCACGAUAAUUCCAAUCCCAUUCUAAGAGCUCGGUUUCCUUCGAGUGUGACGAGGCGAUUACGUACAAAAACAUUGUGUUAAAAGUAAUUGUAACACGACCAAAUUGCCUAUCGUCAAAAGCCACGCGCGGAUCAACGUUGCUACCAUCGAGUGUUGAUGCUUUUCGGGAAUACUCGAAAACAUUUUUGUUCGUGCAACCGAUGCGAAUUCCAAAAAAUCCACAUGCAUUAACGAGAUCGAUCGGUCGUGCUCGGAUCUUCGAUCCAAAGGAAAAGUAGCCCUUCGCGUGACAAAAAUAAGGUUGGAAUUGGUCGAGGAGCUGCAUACCGAACUUGUAUCGUACGAGAGUGUCGCGUACGUGGAAUCGUGUGUAAUGCAAAGAGACACUACGUAGCGAGUCGGUGGCGGCGACGCCGAUGAAUUAAAAGUCCGCUUAAAAAGGUUAGCCGGAUAAAAAAGGCUCGCGCGAAAGGAUAAAGAGAAAGGAAUAUAGGAGAGACUCGCUCGGGAGAGUCCUUGAGAGUGAUAUUGUGUGUGGCACACAACUUGGUAAAAGUGGCGUUGUACGCUUUGCAAACACGCUCGAGACACACACGAGCACAUAUUAAUUUACGCUUACGUGUAUGCGUCUCGAGUUGGUUGUGGCAUACACGAAACAACUGGUGCUUUUGCCACCACGACUAGUACAAAGUGUACGAGAAAGAGCGAGAUUGCCAGCCGGCUGACCCUGGGAAGCCCGGACCGGUGUCUCACCAGGCCCCUCUUUGGCGCACCAACGCUUCGCGUAUGGAAAUACCGCGAGAGCCAAUUUCCAAUCGACCAGCAUUCUCCAAGCUCAAUAUUAUCGAAAGAGGUGAAAGAUACGAAGACGAGCAGUCGACGAUAUACAGGGCUUUAGGAGAUUCUAAAGGAAUUUGAGAUUACAAAGAUCGUCGGAGAGAUAAAGGAGGAAACGGUGAAGGAAAUCACGGAAGAAAUAGUGAUUCAUCGUAAUCGAUGCACAGUCAUCGCUCCCGCGGUGCAACACGUGUUUAUGUUUCUGCACAAACGAGUGCGUACGUUUGGUUGCAAGCACGUGUCACGUGCAACUUCUGAUAUCUCGAGGGAGCGCGCGUAACGAAAUUGACCCGAGAAUAACGGAGGAGGGGAGGAGCGGAGGGGAAGAGAAAAAAGAAGAAAAAAACGAGUGUGCGAAAGGAAGAAAAGUGUUGCUUCAAUGUACGUCACGUGUAGCCGUGUUGGGCCGUGCCGAGCUAUCGUUUGUUAUCGUGCACGUACCGAAGCACAGUUCUUUAUUGCGUUAUCAUCGUGUUCGUCCUCGUCCUCGUCUUCUUGGCGAGAUAUUAAUAGUGUCACUGUGAUGCUUUGGGAUUCAUCGAGAGAAUCCUAAUCAAUGCUUAAGUUUAUAACCUUCCAUUUGUGCGCGUUGUAAGCAAUUAUUUGUUUGUUGUUUCGCACUGCCGCGAACGCUCGUCUUGGAUAACUUGUAUCGAAGAUUCAUUCAAAACGGCUUCGACAGAGUGGACAAUAAUAAAAAACAAGACGAUGUACACGGACGGUCUACUGACCCUCCAUUAUGGGAAACAUCCGGCGACCCUGGCCGCAGAGGUCGGUUCGUGGUACCACGGUGAUCGUCACGUCGACGUAAUCCUCGCCUGCGACGAUGGUGCGAUCGCGAGAGCUCACCGCGUCGUAUUGGCAACAGCUAGUCCACUUUUGGCUAGUCUACUUCGUAAUCCAGCCCUGGAUCACGUCGUACAUCUAUCCGGCGUUAUGAGGACUCAACUCAACCAUUUGCUCGAAUUCCUUUACAACGGUCAAGCUCUCAUACCUUCGGGAGAGUUGACACCGUUGCGAGAGCUGUUCGAUCUGUUACAAAUAAAAUCUGAGCUGUUGGAUCCGAGUCAGGCACAAACUUCGAACGAUUCAGACGCUCUGAGGAUAGCGACGCCGCAAGCCUCGGACAGCCAAAAAAGUUCGAGUUACGAGUCCCAGUAUGAUAGCAGGCAAUCGAACAAUCCAGCCGAUUGCUGUUCCGUCCUAAUAAAGAGUGAAGGAGGCGACGAGGAACCGGAAGUCGACGUUGAAGGCGUCGAGGGUGAGGCGAUGCUGGCGGACAAUCGUGAGAGCAAUAUCGAACCACCGAGACGAAGGGAUAGUUCGGAUCCCGUUAAUCUCAGUUUGAAUUCUGGGAUCUCGACGACGAGCGAUAGCUCUCACGAUACGACUCACAGGCCAGAAAAGACGCUUCUGGAGAGGCGAGAGUCGAUGGAAGAGGCCGAGGAAAGACGACGACAAUUAGCGGCGCGUCUAUCGCUCGGUCUCGAGCCUGGCAAGCGGAAACCCGAGGAGAUACCGAUCCCACCGGCCGAGGCGUACGUAGUUACGCCCCACCGGAAACGAAGACCGGGAUUUCACAACGCACCGGCACAGAAUCCUGCUUUUGUGCCCUUUAACCCCGGAUUCGAAACACCCAGAAGGUUGCAAGCGCCACAUCCGUUGAGCGUUUCGGCUCCUCCGUAUCUGCACGACAGGUCCGUCACGCCACCGGGUGGAUCUCACAGGCCUCCGAGCGCUGAUCCAGCAUCGGCAGCGGGUCUGGAGCCUCCCUGGGGCGCUUGGACUUUACCACCGUCGCGAGCACCGCCACCGGCCUCGACGGACGACCCACCCAAGUCGAAUCCAGUCCGGGAGUAUCGCUGCUCGUACUGCGGCAAGCAAUUCGGCAUGUCGUGGAAUUUGAAGACUCAUUUGCGUGUUCAUACGGGAGAAAAACCUUUCGCGUGCCGUUUAUGCGUCGCGAUGUUCAAGCAAAAAGCCCACUUACUCAAGCAUCUGUGUUCGGUUCAUCGAAGUGUAAUUGCCGCCCCGGACAAUACAUUUACCUGUUGCUUCUGCUCGCUAAGCUUCGACAGCUUGCAGGAGCUCAUAAGACAUUUGUCGGGGCCGCACAACAAUUUGUUACUCAGUAAAAAUUUACACGACUAGCGACGGGGCUGAAGGUCGGUCGGCAACUUUACUCAAACGCCACCCACGGCGGCAUUUCUCCUCAUGCUUUCGCAGCGCAAACUCUUCUUCUUGCUCUCCUUUUUUAUUUCCCGACGGACGUUACCACAUCCGAGGAAUAAGAGCAACGCGAAUCACGUGACGGUGAGAGAAAACUUUGUGACCGCUGAUUUUGUGCCAUCUUGAGAUCGAAUGCACUAAGAAUUUCUUCUCGACGCCUAUGUGCGCACGGAAAAUAAGUGGAGUCUGCCGGGACGACCUUUCACAGUGAAUCAUACCCGAGCAUCAACGAAUGCUGCAACUCGACGUUGAUCUGAAAAAAUGAGCGUGGAGUCGAUAAUUAUUGCAAAUAUUCGGAACCAAAAGAAACCCCAGUGCCUCAAUACUGUGCACCGAAGGGUUUUCAUCGAGUUUUGAAAAACGUAAAGAGACCCAGAGGACCCGAGUCGAUCCAACAACUACCGAAGAUAUACAAAGCCCUACAAAUGUGUUAAUAUUCUAAUGGAGAAAGUACCCGGAGGAGACGAGCAACGGGACGAUUGAUCAAUCAUCACAUUAUCCAUUCGAGUUAUCGAGCUCGAUUCUCAUGGAGUUUUCGGCAGUUCUUUUAUCUCGCGAAUAUUUUUUUAGUUCCCACAUACGUCUCGUUUACUUUGUAAAUAAUUUUACUGCUAGUUUAGACGUACAUAUACGAAACGUACAUAUAUAUAGACGUACAAAUACGAAAAGGACAUUAUUAUUUAUUUAAACAGUUGCAAAGGGACCAACCUGACUUUCCACCGAUUUCUGUCUUAGAUAGUUUUUAGAUAGUGCCCUGCCCGCGAUCUGUAUCAAUCAAAUAACUGUCGAUGUGUAUUUGGUUGAGUUAAAUGAAGACGAACAAUGCAGUUGUAAAAAGAUUUAUCGCCCCGACGAAUAUCACACUUGAAUUUUUCCGUUCUCAUAUCGUAGCUUCAAACCAUGGUCCACAGUUGGCCAAACUUCAAAAGAAUUCUGAAAACAACGAUCUGGGUUUAAUUUCUGGAUGCCAAAUCAGUGGCGAAUAUGAAUAAAUUCCAAUGUUGUGUUAGGAGGUUACAAAAAUAUUUGAAACCAUUUUCGGUUUUUAUUGGGAAAAUAAAUUUUGAGAAUUGAGAAAUUCAGUGUUGAUAUUACGUUGCGCGAGAGACGUUUGAGCAUACAUUGGGUCCGCAUUGGUCGAUUGGGCAGUGAUUUCAUGUGUUCAUAGGCUUAAGCGCGUAUGGGAGGUAACGCUCGCUUAGAAGAGCGUCGAAUCAUUAUGUAGGCAGGUUAAUCGAUAAUAUGAAUUAGAAAGAAUAAUGUUUUGUUUUUGUUUCUUUGCGAAUCGUUGAUUCGCAACCCGAUUCGAAAGUUUUUCUUAGCGUUGGUUAGGUCGACGAUUAGCUUUGACGCAGGACGUCAUAACUAGAUAAGCCUCGAGGUGCCUUUGAGAAUUCGGCCUAACGUGGUAUUUUUCCGAAUCUUUGUAGUAUUUUUUUCCCCCGUUUUUGAUUAUUUUCACUUUCUUUAUCCCGUAAAAGCGCUUUUGUUCAUACGAUGACGAGGAGAACGUUCGAAAAUUUCAAAAGCAGAAACGUUGUCGAAAAAUUCUUCAUUUUAGAGCGAUCAACUCGUUUUUUUAAAAUAUUUCAUAAGAAAACUUGGCGUUCGAAAUGAUCGCGCAACGGCAAAACCGUUCGGAAGAUAACCGCGCGAUGCCCGAGCAUUUAACGUACAAAUUUCGUUUCCCACACGUUUAUUUUAUUGUUUCGGAUGCACGUCGGAGAAAAAAGUUAUUUAAGAAAAUUUCAAGCGAAUUGCGUUGACGCUCGAACUAUACGAUUUCGUUAUAGCGAAAGAUUGCCGAGGGACUAAAAAAAGAAAAAAAAAACAUGUAAAUAUAUUUUUUCACGGUAGCGAUAACGAAGAUGUGUAACAAGAAGAAAAGGAUAAAUUGUGUUUUAUUUUUCUCUCUGAAGAAAUAUAAUUCAACCGAGGAUAUUAGUUUAAUAAUACGGAGAAAGUUUGAUGAUGAAACACAGUACAAGAAUACGAAAAACUCGUCGUGCCGCAUUGUACCCCAAGCAGAAUGCAUAAUCAAUAGAGCACAUUAAUGAAUACAGUAUAAUUAUUAUAUUUUGUUUUUUUUUUCUCCGCAGCAGUACACCAAAGAUAUGUUCGUAGGGCCGUGUUCAAGUGGACAAUCUAAAUAAGUUUGUUUUCUCGUUUGGUCGAAUACGAGAAUCUCAGUGAAAAAACGACUACGAAGUGAAAUUGUAUAACGUCGAGACCGAAUACGACGAAAGAGAUUAAUUGUUUUGCGAGACGGAGAGAUGAAACAAAAAAACGAUAAAAAGGAAAACGUGAAAAAAAAGAGUUGUCGAAAUGUCGAGACCUGAACCCUUGUACCGAAUUUAAGACGAUGCCUACGACAGAUCGCUGUACACGCGUAAUUAAUGAAACGAUUAGACGAUAAUAAACUCUGUUAAAUUCCCCCCUCCUCCUUCUUUUUCUUCUUCUUCUUCUUCUUCUUUACUGAUCCUCCAACCUCUCCUAUCCUCUCUCGCGCCGCCUUCCCGCCUCUAAUGCACUCUUGUUCUUUUAUUAGCUUCUGAAUCCGCCUGUGUGUUUCCUGGCUCCGAUUCGUCACACGAAGAAGCCUGUGAUGCUAAAUUCGAAUUCCCGUUUUCACUAUUAUUUUGUUCUCCUUCAUUGUCUCACACUCCGAAUGAAUUAUUUUCAUCUUUUUAAGGGGAUCACCCCGUGCGACUGCCGAAUUUUUUGGAUUUUUUUCGUAAUUUUUUUACGACGAGAAAAAAUGAAACAUGGACUUUUGAAAUUUGAAGGGUUCAUUUAUUGGCACUUCAACUCUAUGAUAGAAUUUUUUAACUCUGAUAUAUCUCGGGUACGUUCGGCGUAAAACUACUCCACAGGGACCCAUAUCUUUCUCCAUGGUCUCCACAGCUUCGGAGAAUUGGUUGAUCUGCGAUCAACAAACCAAAAAGCGUUUUGAUUUGUAAAAGAAUGGCUAUCGUCUGAACGAAAAUCAUACAGAAAUAUUAAAAAUUGAAGGAUUUUUGGGCUUUGAAAGAUUUUUGAAAAUUGAAAUGUUGUGUUUCAAAGUGCGAAAGUCCUUCAAUUUAUAAUAUUUCUGUAUUAUUUUAGUUCAGUCCAUGGAGAAAUGCGUUCCCGUGGAGUAGUUUUACACCGAAUUUACUCGAAAUAUCAAGAUUUAAAAAUUCUAUUGUGGAGUUGAGAUACCGAUAAACGAACCCUUCAAAUUUCAAAAGUCUAUGUUUUUUUUCCUCGCCGCUAAAAAAAUCGCGACAAAACCCCAAAAAAUCAUAUUCUCACUCCUCGAAUAGUAUUUCAACUCACGUCGCAAUACGAUUCGCUCCAUAUGUUGAGUUUCACAUAGCUGAAUUAGCGUGUGCUGACGUUCCACAAAAGCUCUUUCUUCAAUCCCUUUAACCCUUCGUUAUGAACAGAAAGCAAAAGUAUCCGAAACAAAGACGAUAGUAGCAAUAAAAGCUCGAUAGCCAGGAAAAACAGCCAGCACAACAGUGAACGCAAUGUGAUACUAAAUGAUAAAUAAUAUAAUUAUUGUUUAGCGCGCGCGAAUUCUCGUGGCGGGCACGAAAACUUGCAAUUAGCGAACCGUGGUGAUUUUUUUAAGCCCUAGCUUUCUUUCGGACCUAAGCGCACUAGAUUAAUUAUGAAUAUUUUUAUUAUUACUAUAAAGAUAGAUUAUUAUAUAUAGAUAUAUAUAUAUAUAUAUAUAUUUUUCUGCUGCGUCUGACGAUUGUUUGUCAGCGUGAAGUUUUGUUGUAAAUAUUACGCACCGAAUCUAGCCCAGAUUUCCAUCCCUACUGUGUUUGUAAUUUAUGAAUCAAUCAUCAAAAGAUGAUAAAUUUGACAAUAAUUCAUAGUUUACUCAAUCAUCGAGAUCUGUACAUACCUCUGAUAAUGAAUACGUUAUCGGUGAAAUUAGGAUGACACGACAGUGCAGUUCAAUGCUCGUGAAAAAAAAAAUCAGGUUAGACGAAUUUUUCUCCCCCCACCUGCCCAUCCGUUUUCAUUUCCCCUUUGUAAUAUUCUUACCCUUCUUCUUUCUGUUAUUUGAAAAUCUGGGCGAACGAUGUAGUUUUUUUAAGCAUCAUUCUCGAGCGGAAGCAGCGUCUCCGCGUGCUUUCUUAGUUUUCACAGUUUUAAGGAGAAAUAAAUUAAUUGAGAAAUGAGGAA